AUGCCGACUCGACUAAUACCGUUGCAACUCCCUCAAAAGGUGGAAAGAGAGAGGGCUCGCAUGCUGGAGCUCCUACAGUACAACUACAACAACAAUGACGCCGCCGAUCACUCUUCCAUCUACUACACCCAUAACUCGAGCUCUUCCUCGUCCGACAUUGCCUCACCACUGCCCAUCACACCAACCUUUUCGCGCCCCAGCCACUCGCGUUACUCGGGUUCGACCUCCUCGCUCGAGAACAUUAUGCCCCCCAAUGCCUCCUCCGAGUGCCCUAUCUCGCCAUUACAACAAACACAUCCCAACAAGGCCAACAAGACCCAGCUCCCGGACGUGCAAGAAGAACCUUUGGAAAGGGAUUCGGUCGAUAUCUAUGGGGACGAGGACGACUACGACCUUUACUCGGGUGCGGACGAGGCCAGGCUAGGGGGCCUUUACGAUUGCCUUUGCGACGAGGCAUGCUCCCACCACAACGAUGUAGCCCAAAGCAUCACUACCCGUCCUUCCAUGACUUCGGAUUUCGACUACGACCUCGGCUUUCUGAGCGACACGGAUUUCAGCGAUAGUUCAAGGUCAAAGAAGAGGAGGCAUGGGUCAGAUGCUGGAAUGUCGUCUUGGAGUUCAAGGAUAGGGUCAAAGCUCCCGAGCUUUUCAAGAUGGGGAUCCACGUCAAGGCGGAACCAGUUUGCUUCCGCGCCCGCUUCCGUCUCGUCUCUUGUUCAACGUCCCAGCAUCUCCCGAACCUUUUCCCGUGCCGCCUCGAGCAGGUCAUCGUCGAUAUCCGCUUCGAUGCGACGCCCUUCCGAACAACAGCAACAACAGCAACAACAACAGCCGCAGUUCACUGAACCACCACUUCCUACCACCCCUGCGCUCUCUUUCUACGGCAGCCCCGACGAAACUGUUUCUCCUGCUUCCCCGCUUCAAGAUGCGCAGGCAGCCGCUGGAAAAAUCCUGGAGCGGGAACUCGCUUCAAACAUCACCUCUGCAGUCACCGACCGUUGCUUCUUACACUUUCCGGAUAUUGGCAACACCCAAUCCUACCCUACGCCACCGCUGAGCACCAAGGCAUCAGUGGCAUCGUUCCGCCGCGCAACUAUUGCGAGCACAAUCAGUGAACUACCCUCGCCGCUUCCGUUCCUUGAGGACCAGGAUGCUUGGUCAGACCGUCUAGGACACGCCAACUUCACGAUUGAACCCAGGCCCUAUGUACCAGAAACAGCCGAUUUAGCGACUUAUGAGGCCUUCCGUGCUGAUUGGAACCAAGCCAGGAUCAACUUUACCAAACAUCUUGUCCGGACUGGAGAACACUAUGGGUUGACGUCAAUCACAUACGGUUAUACCCAGGAUAAAUGGGCAGAGAUAGAGCAGGAAUGGGGCCGGGCUGAGGAGGAUCUCAUUCAACGACUGGAACCGCAGUUGACUAGGGCGACUACGACACUGCUCCGUCGUGCUACCGAGGAUGUGCUUCCGGCUGCCGUCCCCGAAAUGCUGACGGAUGAGGGCAAGUUUCCCGACCGCGGCGAUGUGGACAUUGUCGGGCCAAUGGUCCGCGAUGCGGUCAUGGCUGGACACGACGAUAGGAAAAACAGCGCCUCCCUUUGGCUCAAAAGCCUCGUGGACAAAGUGGGGCGUCGGAAGUGA